UCUGUUGAGGAAGAUCAUGAGAUGUAAAUGAAAGGUCCAGAACAAGCUCAACUAUGCGAGCAGCGGAGCAGAGGCCUCUGUUCGUUGAGUCAAUACACUGAUCACAAAGGUGUCUUUGUAUAAAGCUACCUUCAGUCCAACUGUGUCCUUGUGUCUCUGACGGCCUGUCUGUCACAGAUCCGUCCUUGUUGUCGUCUGCGUUCAUGAGUGCCGUCUUUCUUCCAGUCGUUGGUGGAGGGAACCGACAGCUCCACGUCAGAGACAUCACACACACAGAAGACAAUGCCCUCUGUCUCUGAACCUUCUAACUCCUGUCUGUUCAAAAACUAAAAACAUUUUUAAAAGUUUAAAAAGUCAGACGUUUAUUGAUUAUCAAUCAUCUUAAAAUGCUGCAUUAAUGGACUCGGCCCUCUUUUAAAGAUUCAUAAUAUCUGUGAUGCACCUGAUGCAUCAGUACGUUCAAACCUUUAAAUAAUCAGGAACUAAUCAAUUAUUACUUAUUUCUCAUCAUUAUUAUUCAUAGUGUCUAAUAUUUUAUUCCAUGCUAUAAACUACAAAAGCUAAAGAGAUGAUGUCACUCUCGUAAUCCAGUCCCUUCAUAAUGUGAUGUCAUCAUAAAGCACCUUCUUAGAGUUCAGUCCGGCAGGUGGCAGGUCUGUCCCUCACACUGAGAUUAAUUGGAUUAGGCCCCGCCCCCCUCUGAUGUCACAGUGGCAGGUCGGUCCCUCCGAGCUGAGCCGUCCAUAAGGGUCCUCGUCUCAGCCACCCUGCAGACGCUGUGUUUGAGGUACGCUGGGAUUUUACACAACUUAAUCGUGUUAUUGAUCCUAUCAGCAGGACAAAGAACUAGACAGACUCCUGCUGCCUGUCUGCUGCCCCCCCCAUCAGUAAUGAGCGCGCCCCGUCAGCCUCGCCCUCCGACUCCUCCGACCCCCGCCCUGCGAGCCUAAUCUCCAUGCUGUCCUCCGGAUCCUCCCGGAGCGGUGACCUGGACCUGAUCCCUGCGGGGGCUGAGAAGGGGGCGGGGCCGUACCCGGGUCCCGACACCAAGGGGCGGAGCGAUAUUGACAGCAAAGAGUCCACAAAAAGAAUGCCGCCGAACCCUCAGCCGACCUAUUUGGACCGGGUCGUCAUGGAGAUCAUCGAGACCGAGAGGAUGUAUGUCAGAGACCUGCGCAUGAUUGUGGAGGACUACCUGGCUCACAUCAUUGAUCAGUGCGACCUAUCGAUCCGUCCUGAGCAGGUCUGUUCCCUGUUUGGAAACAUCGAGGACAUCUAUGAAUUCAACAGCGAGCUGCUUCAGGCUUUGGAUCUCUGUGACAACGACCCGGUCGCCGUCGCCAGGUGCUUCGUCCUGAAGAGUGAGUACUUUGAGAUCUACACACAGUACUGCACCAACUACCCAAACUCCGUGGCCUCUCUCACUGACUGCAUGAGGAACAAAUGUCUGGCCAAGUUCUUCCGUGACCGGCAGGCGUCGCUGAAGCGCUCGCUGCCUCUGGGCUCGUACCUGCUCAAACCAGUCCAGAGGAUCCUCAAGUACCACCUGCUGCUCCAGGAGAUAGCAAAGCACUUUGACCCCCAGGAGGCAGGCUAUGAGGUGGUGGAGGAGGCCAUUUACACCAUGACGGGCGUCGCCUGGUACAUCAACGACAUGAAGAGGAAGCACGAGCACGCCGUCAGACUGCAGGAGGUCCAGUCUCUGCUGCUGAACUGGAAGGGUCAGGACCUCACCACCUACGGGGAGCUGGUCCUGGAGGGAACCUUCAAGGUCCACCGGGCGAAGAACGAGAGGACGCUGUUCCUGUUUGAGCGCAUGCUGCUCAUCACCAAGCGCCGCGGAGACCACUAUGUGUACAAGACACACAUCUCUUGCUCCACUCUGAUGCUGAUCGAAAGCGCCAAAGACUCUCUGAGCUUCAGUGUGACUCAUUACAAACACCCCAAGCAAGCCCACACCGUUCAGGCGAAGUCGGUGGAGGAGAAAAAGCUUUGGGCUCAUCACAUCAAACGCAUAAUUCUGGAGAACCACAAGGCCGUCAUCCCUCAGAAGGCUAAAGAGGCCAUCUUGGAAAUGGACUCCAUAUAUGCUCCCAGGUAUCGGUACAGCCCUGAGCGGCUGAAGAAGGCUUUGUCCUGUCAGUCUGACGAGUUUCCACCGGACGGUCGUCAGGGACAACGACAGUCCGAGCCAAUCCAAAAAACACUGAAAAGCAGCAAAGUCAUCGUCAAGGAGGACGAAUGCAGAGUCUCCUUCGACAGCUGUGAGCAGAAAAAUGGCUGUUUUCCUGAGGAAGAAGAGCCAGGUGAAACCGAACCAUCAACCGGACAGGUAGACGAGAGAGCAGCAGGCGGCUCGCAGUCUUCCUCAGACAAGCAGAAGAAGCCAGACUCUGAACCAACAGGACUGCCUGAAUCAGAACCUUCUGAUCCGGAACGUUUGUCUGAUCCACACAAACGUUCCGGAUCAGAGGAUUGCCGGAUCGCAGCCCCUCCUCAAAGGUCAGAGGAGAAGAAACCAGAAGGACAUCCGGAGUCCACGGAGCAACCGACUUCCGCCACAACCGACUCAGACUCCAGGACCCUGAGCAGCGCAGAGUCCUCAGAGGACGAGGAGGAGGCCAAGGAGGUGCCGGCAAAGGAGGGCGAAGCCGUCAGCAUCCUUCCCUCGUCCGUCCUGGACAAAGCCGGCGCUAUCGCUCAGCACUUCAGCAGCGUGAAGCGAAGCGGGUCGGCCCCGGAUGAGGGCCACUCGCUUGGCUCUGGGUCGCCACGGUUACGGAGCCAAACCGGCAGCUUCUGUGCCGAACCCUCGGCGGACCUGACCCUUCUGUCCCCACGGGAAGACGUCUUUUUAGACGUCGAUCGGGGGAUCCGACAGAGGCGGGACUCCGCCCUGUCCAAGCAGGACCAGCUGCUCAUCGGCAAAAUCAGGAGCUACUAUGAGAACGCCGAGAGCGAGGACGCCGCCUUCAGCCUCCAGCGCAGGGAGAGUCUGACGUACAUCCCCACCGGGCUGGUCCGGAGCUCCGUCAGCCGGCUCAACAGCAUCCCGAAGGACGAGGCGGUCCACACCGAUCCCUCAAGCCUGGAGUCAGCUCUGCCAGCGGAUACCUGGGGUCACAUGGCCUCUACUGAGUCCCUGGACUCUUUCAAGUCCGAUCAGAGAAGCACCGAUCCAGAGGAUCUAGAAGACAUCCGCUGGUCAAGGUCUCACAGCUUGCAGGAGAAUCCUUCUGAUGAUGAAGAGUUCAGACCUUCUUCUGAAAUGAUUACGGUCUGGCAGACGAUGGAGCGAGAGAUCGGCCGAUCUCAAGGCGACGCCGGGGGUCUUCCACGGCCCCAAGAAGUUCUGAGCGGGGCCAAGAUCAUCCUGCCAGACACGGCUGAGGCCUCCAGCAGCAGCUGUCACAGAGAGGAAUCCGUUAGUUCUUCACCCCCCCGGCUUAGAUCCUCUACUGAGAGUCGUACAGGAUGUCUGAAGGAGAUGCUGAAGGUGUUUGGGGAAGAGGGGAUUAGCCUCAGAGCUCCGGUUCUUCGCGUUGCCCGGCUGAAGUCCAAAGAGGAACCGGUCACCGAGGACUCAGACCCACUGGACGACGUUGACUCAAAAAGCAAAGUCCUCAAUCUGGCCCGUCGGUACAGCCAGCGGAUCAAAACCACCAAGCCGAUGGUCCGACAGCGGAUUCCUGGGGUCCUCGUGGGGGGGAGGACUUUACUCUGUGUGGAGGAGGAGAAGCAGGCAGCAGAUAAACCCAACAUUCCUCAUAACCAGGCCACUUCUCCACCGCCCAACCCCGUGGACCCAAACCGGCCUGUGAAACCGGGUCGAGCUCGCUCCCGCAGCCCUCUGACCCCCCCCACUGAGUGUUUCCACUGGCCCGACGUCCGAGAGCUGCGCUCCAGAUACUCGGACCAGGACCGCCCCCCGAAGAGCCCCGUGGGCCGCAGCCUCUCCAUCCCAGAGCAGCUGUGUGACGGAGGUCUGAGGAGGCGCUCCAGCUGCUCCUCGGAGCACCUCCUCGCGGAGGGGGGGUCGCAGGAGAGGGACGAGCGCAGCAGGCGUCUGCACCGAGCCAAAUCUCUGGACCUGCGGCCGGGCGGAGCGCACGCGGCCGACGUGCAGGAGCUGCAGGAGCGCGUCGCUAACGGUUACUACGUGGCGGCGGAGGCGGCGCUGCCUGGCGACGAGCAGCACAAGAUCCUGGUGAUGGAGAAGCUUCCGGACUCCCAGUCGCCGGUUGCAGAAGACGACUACGUCCAGAUCCGCUCCCCCACCAGCAGGGAGAAGAUCUCCAUCAUGGCCGUCAUGGACCGCUGCCGGGUCUACCAGGACUCUGACGAGUACCGGCGGAGGGAGGACGGAAAGACCUCAUCCGAGUCCUCCGGUCGUCAGGACGACCAGCCGAAGGCGGGGGGGUCGAACCCCCGCCCGAGGACGGAGGGCGGUCAGAAGAGCGUCGUGAAGAGUCUGAGAGAGAAGUUCCAGAGCCGGAGCUGAGGAGCAGAAGAAGAUUCACACAUAUGGAAAUAUGCUUGUUAAGUCUAUGAAAUAAUCAUUUUCCACAUCUAUUUUUAGCUUUUUAUGUAAAAAAAACAAACAAAUAACACAAGGUCCUCGCUGGUAUUUAAGAAAUGAAUAAAUCCAAAACAAUAUGUGAAUAUCUGUAAUAUUUGGUGAGCAUUUGGCUUCUUUUGUCACAUGUUGUUUUAUAUGAUAUCCUAUCAUAGUAUGCUAUGUUAUUUUAUAUAAUGUUAUAUUUUGAUGUGUUAUUUUCCUGCAGUCAGUGAACUAACCACUACAGUCACUUUGUUUAUUCUCAUUUUGUAGAUGAAAUUGUAGGAAGUCUUUUUAGUGGGACAUCUUCAGAGGAAAACUAUGAACCAGAAAUGAGGAUUUUAUGACCAAAAAACCAACUUUGUUUCAUUUCAAGCGUUACUUUACCAACGAGACUCCAAACCAGGGACAUAUUUAACUUUAACCUGCUGUUUGAAUGAUAAUUAUUAUUAUUAUUAUACAUGACGAGUCAACCGCUAACAUCUGGUGAUGUUUGGUGGGACACAAACGUCUAGAAUGUGUCUUCAUAUGUUCACGAAUCAGGAACAUUUAUUACCAUAAUAUGUCAGAUCUAGGAAUUAGACAGUAAGACAAGGUAAUGGCAUGUUGAAUGUUUGGUAUGUCUCAUGUAUGUAGUGGAGCAUCACAGCUUAUGACGUAAUAAAGUCAUCAUGAGACAGCUGAGCUUUCUGAUAUGUGAUACACACUGAAGCUGAUAAUCAAUAAAAGAGAACUAGAAACAUCA